AUCUGUGCAGUUCGCUCAGCCCGGAAACCAUCGCAGCCAUCGUCGACCGCAUCGUUUACGCCAGCGAGGACCUCUCGUCAGCAAAGGAGACGAUCAAGAAGCUGUGGGAAGCGGGCCUUGCCCCGCUCGGGGCCGACGCGGCUCAGGCCUUGUGGACUCAGUAUGCUUCACGACGCGCCCGCAUGGAAGAGGCUGGUGCAGGCUCUGCUGUGCACCGGAGCCCUGCCUCACAGAGUGCUAUCAGGUGCCGAGCCUCUGCCGAGCUGAGCAGCGAAGCCCUGCCUUUCGCUGACAGCCUGCCUGGUUCACCCAGACGUCAAAAAGGAGCCGCGCAAGAAGUCGUGGAGAGGCUGUCCCGGGAUUUCCUCAUCUACGGCAUAAUGCCUUUCUACGAGCCGGCCGAGAUCCGUGCCCGCUCGGACGUUAUCGUGAAGUCGGGGCUAUCCCAAAAAGCUGAAGAUCUUCUUUUAACGCAGAUCGCCUUGAAAUAUCCACGCAUUUUGCCGCAUCAUCGUCCUCGCCACAGCUGCACAAUGGCUUCGUGCAGUUCUUGUGCGGCAAUGCUUCUGGGUACGGUUGUUUCGCAGACUCCACAUGGAUCUGAAACGAAAGGACUGGGUCCAGUUGGUGAACAGGCCAGAAGCACCUAG